CACCUGUUGUCUGCCACGGAAAACUCAUUAAAUGGGUAGUCUGCCACCACUUUACCUAGGCAGCAGAAAUGAUGGAUAUUCCAGCGCUUUCUCGGUCCUCUCUUCUGCCUACUGCUGCUUCACUCAUGUUAUUCUUCUUCCUAUGGAGAAGAUGUAGGAGGACAAGGCUUCCUCUUCCUCCUGGACCUCCUCCAUGGCCUAAUGUGGGAAACCUCUUUCAACUGGGGAAAAGGCCACACGAGUCUUUCUUUGCCCUUUCUGUGAAAUACGGUCCACUGAUGACUCUCCGUCUGGGCAUGAGAACAGUGGUGGUGGUCUCCUCUCCUGCCAUGGCCAACGAGGUCUUCAAAACGCACAACAACAUCUUGGCGGGGCGAACAGUGAUAGAAGCCUUCAAGUCUCUGUCCCAUCACAAGACCUCACUGAUUUGGGGGCAAUACGGACCUCACUGGCGCCAUCUCCGUCGCAUUUCAACUGUUGAGCUCUUCAGCCCCAAAAGACUCGAAGCUCUGCAACAUCUCAGAAGAAAUCAAGUAUUUCGUACGAUUCGACAUAUUUUCGAGGACAAGGGAAAGGUUGUGAACAUCGGGCGGACGGUGUUCUUCACGUCUCUGAAUUUGUUAGGCAACAUGAUCUUCAGCACAGACGUCUUCGAUCCACGCAAUCCAGCUUCUUCGGGGCUCAAAGAUACCAUCUGGGCAAUGAUGAAACUCGGUGGAAUGCACAAUCUGGUGGACUUUUUCCAGUUUCUCCGGUUCCUGGAGCCCCGGGACAUAUCCCAUCAGAUGGCCAGGCAUAUAAAGGCCAUGUAUGACUUUUCCGAUACAUUCAUACAGAAAAGGCUCGCCACGACUAGCCAAGGCGUUCAGCGCAUUGACUCCGAGAAGGACUUUCUGGAUGUUCUGGUAGAUUGCCGAAGUGAAGAGUUCACGCUCGUCGAUGUCCGAUCCUUGAUAUUUUUUCAGGAAUUGUUUAUGGCAGGUACUGAAACGAGCACUACAACAUUAGAAUGGGCCAUGGCAGAAUUCAUUCGAAAUCCCGAGAAAUUAAACCGACUCAGAGAAGAAUUGGAUGAAGUAGUUGGUUGCAAGAGAAGAGUGGAAGAACCUGACUUAGAUCGUCUGCCUUAUCUCCAUGCAGCAGUUAAAGAAAUACUCCGAUUGCACCCGACGGUUCCUCUGCUGGUCCCCCACAGAGCUGACAGCUCAUGUGUGAUCGGAGGAUUUCUCAUACCCAAACACAGCCAGGUGACUGUGAACUUUUGGGCCAUUGCGAGGGACCCUGCAAUUUGGAACGAACCUUCGGAAUUUAUGCCCAAGAGAUUUUUGGAGGGCGAGAAUAGCAGGAUGGAGUAUGGGGGACAAAACUUUGAGCUAAUUCCAUUCGGAGCGGGGAGAAGAAUUUGUCCAGGGCUUCCAUUGGGAAGCUGUAUGGUUCAUUUUGUUUUGGCUUCUUUACUUCAUUCGUUUGAGUGGUUACUUCCAGACGGGAUGAGGUGCGAGCAGAUGGACAUGGCCGACGAGUUUGGAAUUACUCUAAAGAAGCCUACAGAGUUGGGUGCAAUCCCUGUACCACGUCUCCCUCAUCAUAUAUAUGAGCAGUAGUUGUUCAUCGUGCAUGUUAAAUCAAAUAAAUUGGCAAUGUUUAUAUCUAUAAUAAAUUAGAUAUCAAAUCUAGAAAACUCUCCAUGUAUUGUAGACACUUUAUUGCAAAGACAACUAGUGGAGUCCCCACUUGUGCAUUCCGAUCAAAUUAAUAAAUAAAUGUGAUUUUAAAUCUAGAAAAA